AUGGUUGAAAAGAAGAAAUUUUACCAUCACUGUGUUCUCAUAAAAUCUGAUGUCACUAACAUGGACAAGGGUAUAUUGAAAGAUGAACUCAAGAUGUUUUGGAAGCUUUCUGGCGAUUGGGAGUUAAGAAGAGAAUGCAAUAUGACUUUCCUGGCCUCCUUCAGCUCAGAGGGUGACGUAAUAAGUUGUUUAAAGAACCCUAAGAUUGAAACAUUACUGGAAAAUAAGGAGGUGAAAUUGACAGUGACAAGGUGUAAGGAAGGCGAUGAUGGAAGUCUUGACUUGGUUGAAGAAUUGCAUUUGGAGUUUUGA